AAUCACAGGAGUGAGAUCCAGGAAAAAAGGGCUCUGUGAAAGCCUCGGUCCGUAUGACAAGGCAUGAAAUCCCGCGACCGCCCUCCAUUCACAUGCCCACACCCCCCGAACACUCCGGGGAAGCUUGACGUUCCUGAUUUUUUAAAUCCCCAGACUCUUUCUAUUUAAAUCUUCCCUCUCUCUCUGUCUCUCCCUCUUUCCUGAGACACACGACUAUUCCAUCUAUCCACUACCUUUCACUCACCCACUACUAUAUACAUCCCUUCACAAUCGUGGUAUCACAACUGUAACCAUGUCUCUCAAGAACGACGCUUUCCCUUCCUCCGCUGCUUUCGAUGCGAUCAACGCCGCUCUCCAGAGCGACGCUGCUGAGCGCAAGGACGCUGUCGACAAGGCCAAGGCCAUCGUCGCUUUCAACCUGAAGAACGAGAAGGGCCAGGAAGAGAGCUGGUACCUCGACCUCAAGGACAAGGGCGAGGUAGGCAAGGGUGCUCCUCAGGGGGGUAAAAAGGCUGAUGUGACUCUGUCCCUCUCCGACUCUGACUUCGCUUCCCUGGUUAGCGGAAAGGCCAACGCCCAGAGACUCUUCAUGGGAGGCAAGCUCAAGAUCAAGGGUAACAUCAUGAAGGCGACCAAGAUGGAGCCCGUGCUGAAGAAGGCCCAGGGCAAGGCCAAGCUAUAGAUACCCAGUUGCGUUGUGUCGUAUUUCGGUUGAAUGUACAUUUUUGUUCGUCUUAUGAAUAUUUUUCCUUUAUCUUUUUCUUUUUCUUUUCCUAUUUUCUCUUUUUGGUUUGUGUAGGGCAAGAAGCCACUUGUAAAGCCUACGCUCUUGCUUUAUCUACAGAGCAUACUUAGUAUGAGACAUGACCAUUGCAGAUCAUUUUCUUUUGCCGUAAUAUAUACUCCAUAACACAAUAGGCAUGGUGUGGUAGGAGCACCAGUGGAUAGGUACACUUUCUUCUGCAUAUUAAUGUUUCUGGAUACUACGAAGGUUGUAACCUCCUAACCUGUAUACUUUGCCUUAUGAUUGUCGUUGUCAACUGAUCAAAAAUCGUUCGGAUGUUAACAACUUAACAUGGCAACACCCGGAAUAUAUUUUAUUGCGGAUAUCCGGACCCCAUGUUGACAUCAUGAUACAUGACAUCAAAUCUUUGGACUUUUUUCAACCGGACUACCAAUAAACACCCCUUGAAGAUAAU